CGCCACGAUCCUUACUUCACCUCGACGCGGAGAGACGACAACAAACAUUCCUCGUCUCGGCUGUGCUCACGUCCAUCGUGUGAAGAUGAGAGUAUGCAUGAAUCUGGCGUUAUUUCUGCUUUUCACAACGACAGCAGUAAAAGCCCAGUCUUGCGACGCCGACCUCCAAGCAACAUCCGAGAGAAUGUUGAAGUCGGCUGUCGUUGGAAGCAGCGGGACGUGCACAUGGACAAUAACUAACUCAGGACCUUUCGGUUCGGUGGAAGUGAUAUUCGUUAACGCCAGCUUGACUGACCACCCGUCAUGUGACGCCAGUAACAGCGUCGUCGUGCAUGAUGGUGAUUCAUCCGGCAUCAUUCUCGGCUUGAUAUGUCGCAACUACACAAGCACCUUCAGAAGUUCCGGCAACGUCAUCACUGUGCGCUACCCUGCGGCUGAAGUGACGGACACCAACACCUUUUUUCUACGAUAUAGUCAAUCACGUUUAGCUAGCUGUUCUGGACCAUCCGUGACCGCUGUCUCAACAUCAGAAUAUAGUAUACUUUCUAAUGGGUAUCCUGAUGGCUUUCUUGUAUCAAUCAAAUGUACCUGGUACGUGCGUGCGCGGAAGGGUCAACGAGUCCGUUUAUCCGUAGAAACCGCUGGCAUCGUCAGCAACACGUGUGAAGACGCAAAGAUCACAUUUCUUGAAUUUGACCACCCGCGAAUUAAUGUUACAUGGUGUCCGGGAAGAAUCAACGUCUACCAAAGCUGGAGUUCAGUAGCCAUUGUGCAGCUGGAAGUAUCUAAUAAUCGUAGUGUCCGUGUGAGGUACAGAGCUGUCGAAGAGGAUAAAUGCGGAAGUGAAGAUCUUAAGGCAGCACCAGAGGAGCAAUUUCUCAUGACACCGGGCUACCCAAAUCCUUUCCCAAGUUACCUUGAAUGUCGAUGGACAAUAGACGCUCCAAACCCCCAGAUUGACGCAAUCCGGAUAGAUAUCUUGGAAGUGGAUGUGGACACGCAAGGAUGUUCGACAGAUGUCAUCAGGGUAUAUGAUGGGAUAUUGUCAACCAAGAAGCUUGUUGGGACGGCUUGCGGGGAGCUGAAAUCAUUCUAUGUGUACGGGCGUUCGGCAAUGGUGGAGUUCAGAUCGUUGAGGGACAGAAAUACAAAAUCAGGCUUUAAGCUGAAGUAUUACAACACAACAGCUGAGCCAUGCGGGGGGAACCUAGUGGCCAGCUCUACCAGGCAGAAUGUUACAUCACCAGGAUACCCUGUCAACUACCCCAUCUCCUUCAAAUGUGUCUGGACCAUUUCAGCUGAAAAUCCGGAGGGACACGUCAAGCUGACAUUUUUAGCAGUAGAGCUGUACAAAAUACUUUCCUCGCUUGGUGAUAAGGUGGUUGUAUAUGACGGUAACACAACCGGCGGCUACUUGCUUGGAACAGUGUUUGGAACGGACAAGCCUACCUUUACAAGUCAAGAGGCAUCUCUCACCGUGAUGUUUAAAACAGACAGCUAUGAUCAGCUGACCGUGCUUGAUACAGCAGGCUUUAUAUUUGGAUACGAAGAGACACGGUACACGCCGCCCUUGAACCGUGUAAUUAAAGUUCCACCUGCAUCGACCUUGCUGUCGCCACGAUUCCCGGAUGGCGAAGUGAAGGAUAUGAACGCGACCUGGACGGUGCGUGCCAAAUGGGUCGGGCCCAAAGUGCUGUUGUCAUUUGUGGAUGUUGAUCUUGGAGACGCUAGUGACUGCAACAACAAUUACAUAAUGGUCUAUCAAGGCAGUACAUCAUCUGAUGAGUUCUCGAAGAUCUGUGGUAAUGAAACGGGUAAAUACCUCAGUCGGGACAGAGAACUCUCCGUGGUCUUCAGGACAGACAGCAACCUCGCUAGACGAGGGUUUAAAACUGUACAAGACUUGUCAAAAUAUGGAGACUUCGAUGGCUGCCUCGGUGAAACGGAUGAGAAAACAGCUUAUUCAGGCAGCCCGUCAAAACUUGAAUCUCCUUUGUACCCAGGCAAUUACCCAAACAUGAUGAACUGUUCCACCCAUUUGAAGUCUAUCUUUGACGACUACUUCAUCGAAGUAGAGGUGACCAACAUGAGCACGCCCCACCCCGAGGACACAGACUGCACCAGAGACUACGUGGAAAUCUUUGAUGGUUCGAGUCCUAAUGACCCAAGUUUGGGCCGAGCCUGUGGCAAGUCGUUGUUGAAAGCCAAGUCAACAGGAAAUGAAGUAUUCAUCAUGUUUAUCUCUGACGCGAAUAUCGGCGGCGAAGGAUAUCAGAUCGAAUAUAAGGCCGACAACGAAGAGACGCCAUAUUCACCACCUGUUGCCCUCAUAGUUGGCCUCACGCUCGGCUGUGGUUCCAUUAUAGUGGCCUACAUCGUGUACCUAGUUUUGAAAAGGAGAAAGGGCAGUGCCCCUAUUUGAACAGUACUUCACAUCACGGCAUGUCUGCUUGACAUGGGAGGAAAUGCCGACGUGUGGCAUUUCUAUAUGUUUGGUCAUUGUCAAAGCCUCAAAAUAUUGUCAAUAAGCAUCAGGUGCGUACCGUGCUCCUCCUGAGGCACAUUUCACGAACACGUGCAAAAACAAGUGAAGGGAACCCACGGGCACCCACACUGUCGCAAACAGAAACACGUGACAUGGCGAAUUUAACUAAAUAGGAAGCAAUCACUGCAAUUUAGCGUUAAUGAAAGUUGUGAGUCAAAUAUAUAUACUACAAAUAUAUAUAGUACACUACCACUACUGGCAGAAGA